CGAAACGGUUUGCGAAGUAGGAGAGAAGCUGAGAGACGACAUCACUCAGCCAACCAAAAUCACUCCAGCCCUUGAGAAAAAUUUCUUUUGCUUUCUCUCAGUAUCAUGUAGGAUUGAUUUUCGACUUCGAUCUUUAUCUACCAAGAGAUCGGUUAUGAUAGUUACGUAGAUGGCGAAUCCUUGUCCAAAUUCAUGUUUCAAAGAGGGUAAAUUCACAGCGCCAGGGUUUCGAUUUCACCCGACAGACGAGGAGCUUGUCAUGUAUUAUCUCAAGAGGAAGAUGUAUAGAAAGAGGCUUACAGUCAAUGCCAUCGGCGUCGUUGAUGUUUACAAGAUUGAACCCGAUGACUUGCCUGGUGAGUCGGUGUUGAAGACAGGAGAUCGACAGUGGUUCUACUUUACUCCAAGGAGCAGAAAGUAUCCAAACGCAGCUAGGUCGGGUAGAGGCACUGCAACUGGGUAUUGGAAGGCUACAGGGAAGGAUCGAGUCAUUGUCUACAACUCCAGGUCGGUAGGACUCAAAAAGACUCUUGUUUUCUAUAGAGGUAGGGCACCUACUGGUGAGCGUACUGACUGGGUGAUGCAUGAGUACACUAUGAAUGAAGAAGAACUCGACCCAUGUAAGAACGCCAAGGAUUACUAUGCUCUGUAUAAGCUGUUCAAGAAAAGUGGGUCUGGUCCCAAGAAUGGUGAGGAUUAUGGUGCUCCUUUCCAAGAAGAAGAAUGGGUUGAUGAUGAUAGUGAUAGUGAUAGUGAAGAUGGAGAUGAUAUUGCUCUGCCAGAGGAACCUCUGGCUCUGGUUCGUCAUGAGGAUACUCGUUUUGUCGAUAAUGCUAGACUUUUCGAGCCCGUAAAUGUUCAGUUAGAUGAUUUUGAGGAGAUCCCUCAGAUUUGUAUUAAUGGCCUUGCUUCUAGUGUUCCCCAGGUUAACAGGGAAGAAGAGAUGGAGAGCACGUUGGUAAAUAAUUCUUCUGGAGAGUUUCUUAAGCCCCAGCAGACGGGAAGGUUCUUGCCAAACGGCGAGCCAUACAUUAGGCCCUCGAGCUCUGGCGUGGAGCCUUUUGUGUUUGAAAUUGAGGAUUACAUUGAAAUGGAUGAUCUUCUGGCCUCUGAACUCGCAGUUGAGAGGCCUGCACAGUUCUUGAACCCUGGGGAAUUUGGAGACUUUAAUGAGUUUGACCAAUUGUUCCAUGACGUUUCCAUGUCUUUGGAUAUGGAACCUAUUGCUCAGGGAGCUUCUGUACAUCCGUCUUCUCCCAGUAAAUUUGCCGACAACACAUCCAACGAGAAACAGCUGUUCCAGGACCAGAUCCCUGAGAACAAGGUGAAUAACAACAAUCUCGAUGAUUUUACUGACAAUAUGUGGUUUCAAGAUGAUGAUGAUCAGGCUGUUCUCUUUGAUCAACCACAAUCUAUUACUUCCGGAGCAUUCGCGCCUCUACCCUCAUCAGGUGUGAUGCCCGGUUCCACAAAUCUUACUGUAAGUGCCCAAGACCAGGAAGGCGAGAAUGGUGGUGGAACAAGCCCGUUCACAUCGGCUCUGUGGGCAUUCAUGGAUUCAAUACCUUCUACGCCAGCCUCUGCGUGUGAGGGUCCUAUUAACCGGACCUUUGUGCGUAUGUCUAGCUUUAGCCGUAUCAGGUACAGUAAAAAGGCUAAUGGAACGCCACCAGUGACUAGUACCGUAGUAGCAAAGAAGCGUAGCAGAAACAGAGGGUUUCUUGUCUUAUCAAUUGUGGGUGCCUUGUGUGCCAUCUUCUGGGUGUUCAUAGCCACGGUUCAAGCUUCCGGGAGACCAGUCUUGUCGUGAAAGGUGGUUUUGUUGAACCAGAUUUAUCUUAGUUACAUGCAAGUUAGAAAAAACCAUGAUUCAUGUUAGUAAUAAUGGAGUAAUUAUUAAGCAAUUCUAAUACAUGAGUCUUUGAAUAUGUACGUAGUUUGAAAGGGUAAAGAAUGUUAAAUUGCUGAUAAAAGAGUUCCGUUU